GAAAGAGAAGUUCUGGUGGCAGGGUCUGGUGAAGGGGUGGCAGCAUCAUGUCUGGCCGCAAAGGAGGCAAGAAAAAGCCCCUGAAAGAGCUUAAGAAGCAGGCCAAGGAGCUGGAUGAGGAAGAUAAGGCGUGCAAACAGAAACAGAAAGAGGAGCCGAAGAAACCCGAGGAGCUGAAAGCAAAGGCCGCGGGGAAGGGCCCCCUGGCCACAGCUGGAAUGAAGAAAUCGGGCAAAAAGUAAGCUGUUCCUCAUGCCUGAGAGGAUGACGACCCUUGGUUCCUAUCUAAACAUCUGUGUUCCCUGACAUAACAUCUUUUGCCACCUAUAGCUGAAAUGAAGUGUUGUCUUAGAGCCUAUUGUACAUUUAAGAAUAAACUUUAAAAAAAGAAAAAA